CCCCACAAGCAGUGAUGACAGCAAACUGAGAUGACCUGUUCCCCUGGACAUCUGAGACACCCACCCAGGGUCACCCCCUAGAAAAGCCCCAAGCCCAGUAUAUACUGACCACUGGCUACCCCGGUGCUUCUCACCAUCAUUAUCCUCUUUUAUCCUCAGGCUGACCCCAGGCAGCCAGCACUCCCAUUUUACAGACAAGAGACGGAGGCUCCAGGAGGCGGAGUGACUGCCCAGGGUCACUGGGUUAGUGAAUGGCCUUGGAACCCAGGUCCACCUGACUCUUAGGACCCUAGGAGAGCUGAGGCCAAACUCCGACCACCACCAGGAGCGGAGACGAUGGCCUCGAAGCCUGAGAAGAGGGUCGCCUCGUCUGUCUUCAUUACACUGGCACCCCCGCGUCGGGAUGAGGCUGUGGCCGAGGAAGUGAGGCGGGCAGCUUGCGAGGCCCGGCCUGGCCGCUCCCGGGAGCCCCCUGCUCCCACCAAGGCACCCGGGGCUGGCUCGGCAGGGAGGCCCAGCCUUUGGACUCCACCUGCCAAGGCCGCAGCCCCAGGGCCAGCUGUACCAUCUCAGCUCUCCAAUGGAGGGUGUUCUCCCCCUCCUCCUACCCUGGAUGGCGAGGACGCACUCCCGGACCUGGACCUCCUCCCACCUCCGCCGCCGUCCCCUGAUGAGGAGCCCCCUGCCCCGACGGGGGCCUCCCUCAUUUCGGACUUAGAGCAGCUGCACCUGCCCCCACCCCCACCCCCACCACAGUCCCUGGAAGAGAGGCCUCCACUCCAGCCUCGGCCCAGUCCCCCCAGGCCCUCGGAAGAGCUGCCGCCUCCCCCAGAAGAGCCUGUUGGCUUCCACGAGAGAGAGGCAUCCACAGACGUCUGUGCCUUCUGCCACAAGACCGUGUCCCCCCGAGAGCUGGCCGUGGAAGCCAUGAAGAGGCAAUACCACGCCCGGUGCUUUACGUGCCGCACCUGUCGCCGCCAGUUGGCCGGGCAGAGCUUCUACCAGAAGGACGGGCGGCCCCUCUGUGAAUCCUGCUACCAGGACACUCUGGAGAAGUGUGGCAAGUGUGGCGAGGUGGUCCGGGAACACAUCAUCAGGGCCCUGGGCCAGGCCUUCCACCCCACCUGCUUCACCUGUGUAACCUGUGCCCGGUGCAUUGGCGACGAGAGCUUUGCCCUGGACAACCAGAAUGAAGUGUACUGCCUGGACGACUUCUAUAGGAAAUUCGCCCCUGUGUGCAGCAUCUGUGAGAACCCCAUCAUCCCUCGAGACGGGAAGGAUGCCUUCAAAAUCGAGUGCAUGGGGAGGAACUUCCAUGAAAAUUGCUACAGGUGCGAGGACUGCAGGACCCUCCUGUCUGUGGAGCCCACAGACCAAGGCUGCUACCCGCUGAACAACCGUCUCUUCUGCAAGCCGUGCCACGUGGAGCGGAGUGCUGCAGGGUGCUGCUGAGGGCCCCCACUGGGCCCUGGGGCCGUGAGCUGCCCACUAGCCCUGGACUGGGGGCGGGGGGGGAGGACCUUUCCCGACUCGGUUUGCCUUUCUGACCCACUUUUGCACACUCUCCUUCUGAGCCAUGACAGGGGCCAGCCUGCAGCUCUGCCCACCAUGUCCGGGAUGGGAGGGGCUGAGCCAGCCCAGCCCCACCCCCCUCCCAGCUCAAAGGCUGCUGGACAGUGCCCCUCAGACUUCCCACUCCUCCUUCUGCCCUCUGGGCUCUGGAAGGCUUCCAUACCUUGAACAUCAUGUCCAGGUUUCCCAUCUCCUAGGGUCGUGCCCCUCUCGAGCACUGGCCUUGACCCCCAUUUCCAUGGGUGAGUUGGGGUGAGUCUUUAGAUGACACCCUGUAGCUGUCCAGUAGGGAGCGUAAGACCAGCUCUGGCUUGCAGGACUGAGCCGUUUGAGUAGAACUCCAGGGUCCUCCUUUAACAGCCCUUUUUUUUUUUUUUUUUUUAAUUUUGAGAUUUAUAUGAUGAGAAACAUUCUUUGGAUUUGGGGCGAGGUGGGGAUCUUAAUAGGAAAUGUUUCAUAAAUGUACAAGAAUGUGACCUAAUGGUGGCAACCGUGGACUUCUCACUGGGGGGACAUGUCACGCUGAUGUGGGCAGCAGACUCAGGCAUGAACCUGAACAGCAGGGGCAGGAGGAGAGGGUGCUGUAUGCUGACGUCCAAGGACGUCAGCAACCCCUCUGCCCUGCCUUCUGGCGCUCCUCCCAUGUGCGACAGUGAUUCAACAGACAUUGAUGAAGUGCCAAUAGUUUGCUGGGGAACAGGGUACCAGGAACUCUGAGUUUUCCUCCUACAGCCUUGACGGGGGCCGUGCGCACAAACCCCCCCACAUGCACACACUCCUCCAAGGACAGUGCCAAGGUUGUUCAGCCCCCCGUUUAUGCCCCGCCCCCAAGUCCCACUUGGACCCUCCAACGCAGGCUGCCUUAUGACCACUGCUUCCUCAAGGCUGUACCUAGAAGAUUCUCCUUCCCUUUUAAGGAAAAUCACUUUGUUGCUUUGUAACUUUUUUUUUUUUUAGUGUUUUCAUUUUAUUUUUGAAAGA